UUCAAAAAAGCAAUGCAGUUGUUUUUGCCUGCAGUUGUGGCGGCGGCCGUGUUGGCCACGGCCACGGCCAUCGACAAUGGCUUGGGAGUUAGCCCACCCAUGGGGUGGCGCAGUUGGAAUGCUUACCAUCACGCCGUCAACCAAUCCAUCAUGGAGCGUUCGAUUGAUGCCAUGGUGGCUCGAACCCGCAACGUCAGCGGCGUUCCCACUUCUCUUCUUGAUCUCGGCUACAACAACUGCGGUCUUGAUGACAACUGGCAAGCAUGCGGCACUGGUGUGGGUGGCAGCUUUCACGACGACAAGGGCGUGCCCUUGAUCAACACCGACACCUUCCCAAGCAUGCGCAACAUGACCGAUUAUGGUCAUCAGCGUGGCAUGCGGGUUGGCUGGUACCAUAAUAACUGUAUUUGCGCCGAACACAACUUUCCCUCGGAUCUGAUUGAUGCCCACUAUGCGGGUGAUGUCACCGCCAUUGCCGGCUAUGGUUACGACGGCGUGAAGUUGGACGGUUGUGGUGAAUUCAUGAAUCUGACCUACUGGGCAGAUCUGCUCAAUGCCACUGGGCGACCCAUUUUGAUUGAAAACUGCCAUUGGGGCGAUACGCUGCCAACGGUGGAUUGGUGCCCCUUCAACUUUUAUCGUACGUCGGGCGAUAUCCAGGCCAACUGGGCCAGCAUGAUGAGCAAUUUGCACACCACAAUCAAAUUUCAAGACUGGAAGCAGCCCCUGUCUCGCCCUGGCUGCUGGGCCUACCCUGACAUGCUGGAAGUCGGCAAUCUCGCCUCUUUUGAAGAAGACCGCACCCAUUUUGGUGCAUGGGCGAUUGUAUCUUCGCCCCUCAUCCUGGGCUUUGAUCUUCAAGAUCAAGCCAAAUUCGACCGCGUCUGGCCCAUCAUCAGCAACAAGGAGGCCAUCGCCGUCAAUCAGCAAUGGGCUGGCCAUCCCGGCAUGCUGGUCACCACGCUAUCCCCCGAAGGUAGCAAGCUGUAUCCCUGGGCUGAAGAAUGUGGCAGCGACAGUUCACAGAAAGGAUGGACUUAUGACCCGGCCUCCAUGACAGUGGAAUAUGCCGGCUACUGUCUUGAUGGAUCUUCUUCGUCGCAACUGGCCUUGACUGCCUGCACCAAUUCAGCCGAGCAAGCCUUCGACUAUCAUGCCGGCGCCGAGUUGAAGUUUGGUGACUCUUGCGUUGACAACUACGACUUUUCUGGCCCCGUCGUUCAGAUCUACGGCUGUAAUAAUGGCAAGAACCAGCUCUUUACCAUUUCUGACGGCUAUGUCAAGGAUGCAGAGAAUCUAUGCUGGAGUGUGAAGAAUAGCUCACCUGCUGGUAGCAACGUUGAGGUGUGGGCCAAGCCUCAGCCUAACAACGCCAUGGCCGUGCUGUUCAUCAACGACAUGGCUUCGACCGCCUCUAAUAUCACUCUGGACCUCAGCUUGCUCAACAUCACUGCAGAUGUUCAUGUGCGUGCAGGGCAAGCCGAUCGCUCUGAUGACAUUUUAAUGCCACCCUCACAAAUCAUCAACUGUGUGCUGUAG